GCUGGCGCGUACAACUAAAAUCUGGUUACGUUAGUGUUAGAAUAUGAAUGAAGGCCAGCAUCCUCAGAAACAACAUUUCAGGCGUCCUUGCUUAUCCUCGACUACUAGCGGUGCCAAGGAUUAGGAUAUGUAGGGUUUUUGGUUGUCCUUUACCAUCACUAGUAAUCCUCCGUCUUGUUCUUUUUCAUCUCUUGCAGCGAUGUCUGGCGUUGACGCGCUGGAGAUGGAGUGGCCUGCGAAGAAGGUGAGGGACACCUUUAUAAAGUUUUUCGAAGGCAAGAAUCAUGUUAAUUGGAAUUCCAGUCCCGUCGUUCCCCACAAUGAUCCCACUUUAUUGUUUGCUAAUGCCGGUAUGAAUCAGUUCAAGCCGAUCUUUCUGGGGACCGUAGAUCCCAACACUGCUAUGAGCAAGCUUACAAGGGCGUGCAACACUCAAAAAUGUAUUCGAGCAGGCGGGAAGUAUAACGAUCUUGAUGAUGUAGGAAAAGACACUUACCACCAUACCUUCUUUGAGAUGUUUGGAAAUUGGUCUUUUGGGAACUAUUUCAAGAAGGAUGCAAUUGAGUGGGCAUGGGAACUCCUCACCAAGGUUUACAGCUUGCCUACAGAUCGGAUUUAUGCCACUUACUUUGGUGGUGAUGAUAAAGCUGGUCUGCCACCUGAUAAUGAAGCUAAAGAUAUAUGGCUCAAGUUUCUACCUCCUGAACGUGUGCUGCCAUUUGGUUGCAAAGACAAUUUCUGGGAGAUGGGUGAUACAGGUCCUUGUGCGCCUUGCACUGUAAUUCAUUAUGAUCGAGUAGGCAAUCGUAAUGCUGCUUCCUUGGUGAACAAUGAUGAUCCAUCAUGUAUUGAGAUAUGGAACCUUUUUUUUAUUCAGGUUAAUAGGGAAAGUGAUGGCUCUCUAAAACCUCUUCCAGCAAAGCAUGUUGACAUUGGAAUGGGCUUUGAGAGAUUGACUUCAGUACUUCAAAACAAGAUGAGCAAUUAUGAUACUGAUGUGUUCUUCCCGAUUUUUGAUGUUAUCCAACAGCAACCAAACUCUCACAUUCCAGCUCUUGUCCAGCAACCAAAUACUCACACUCCAGCUCCUGUCCAGCAACCAAACACUCCCACCCAGUCCUUGCCUACUAACCAACCUACCCGACUUGAAACAAUGGCCCCUAUACAACCUAAAACAGAGCCUAAUACACCCAAAUCACUAAGAGGAAUUCAGGACACUACUCGUCAUUUACUGGUUUACUCAAGGAAGAAGGCACCGGUGCAAGUUCAAUCAUCUUCUUCUCCUAUAUGA